AUGUCUGGAACCACUACUCCGCCAAGGAAGAUCCUCCUGGUAGUUACGGGGGAAGGCUAUACGCACGCAGGUGAGGCCAUCCAGCGGAUUGCUCAUGUGGCGUCUCGACGGAAGCAGCUGGGCGCGGAUCUCAUCGAGGAGGUGCUGUACGAUACGGAGCUGCGGGUGGUGGGUGGGACGGAGGCGCGGCCGAUGCAUCUCCAGACGGCGGAUAUGCGGAUGCCGGUUUACAAGGCGCGGAACUGGGAUCUGAUGGCGGUUUCGGACGUGGUGCUGGGCUUGCUUGGAGGAGGGGCUUAUUAUGCGGCGCGGUUGGCCUGGAUGCAUCGUCGGGUUGUUGGGGAUUUUGUUGAUUCUGUGGUUCGAGGGUCGCUGGUUGGUGGGCAGGGCUUUCUUCUUGGUCUCAAGAGGCUUAUGAUAGUUUGGUCGACGCGCUUUGUAUACUCCUCUCUGGGACUUUCUUUGCUUUCUUUCAAACGAGACACUGUCUCCCCCGCUGUCUCCUAA